CCAGGGCCUAGAAAUUGAGAAGCGACCACAGUGUGUCAACAACACAGGGAACAAUAGAGAAGUGAAGCGAACUCCGAUACGAGUGAAUUCACACAUGUUCCUGUCGUAGAUGAGACGAGACUUCACGGGGAUGAAGAUCGGCGGACACGAAACGGAUCCUGGAUAUGUGAGCUCUCGCUAGAACUGAGGAGGGGAUCCAUGAAAAAUAUGCGAAUAGUGUUGCUGAUGAAUGGUUCCUGGCCGCAGGGCUGGUCUGUGUCACCGCCUCUGCCUCAGGUGAACCGGCUGCUGAGAGCAUGAGUGCCGCAUGGCUCUCUGCAGCGGGGCCUCUCCCAAGGGUCUCGGUAUGAAGCCCCCGAUGCUGCUAUGGCUGUUGCUGCUCAGCCUGAGCCUCUCCCUGUUGUUUUGGUUUGCGCAUGUGAUCAGACGGGAGGGUUCGUCGCCUGUUCUGCCAAGCAGCGGGCUCAGGGGCUACGUGAGGAUCAGCCCCGGCAGCAAGGAGCAGUUUCUGGACAAGCACUGCAACCAGUGUGCCUUGGUCUCCAGCUCAGGUCAGAUGCUCAGAGCUGGCAUUGGUGACGAGAUCGACAACUUCGACUGCGUCAUCCGCAUGAACAAUGCACCCACGGAGGGGUAUGAGAGGGACGUGGGCAGCCGCACCAAUGUUCGGGUUGUGUCCCACACCAGCGUUCCCCUGUUGGUGAAAAAUGAAAGCUACUACUUCCAGCAGUCAGCGGACACCACAUACGUGUUCUGGGGUCCUGACAGGAACAUGAGGCAGGACGGGAAAGGACGCAUCUUCAACACUCUCCUGAAAAUAGCAAAGAAGUACCCGGAUGUGAAGAUCUACACUGUGACCAGGGAGAGGAUUCAGUACUGUGACAGUGUGUUUCAGAACGAAACUGGAAAAAACAGAAUGAAGACAGGGGCAUUUCUCAGCACUGGAUUUUUCACAAUGAUCCUGGCUAUCGACAUGUGUGACAGAAUCCAUGUGUACGGGAUGAUCGAUGAUAACUACUGCAGCCGGGCCAAUCACAGCGUUGUUCCCUACCACUACUACGAGCAAAACCGAAUCAACGAGUGCAGGAUGUACAAAGUGCACGAGCACACGCAACGCGGGGGUCAUCGCUUCAUCACUGAGAAGGCCAUCUACGCCCGAUGGGCCACGCGCCAUAAAAUCAAGUUUAAACACCCCUCCUGGAGUCUCCGAAGGAAGAGGCGAUAGUCCGCAGAUGUUCCUCGACUGUACUGUGAAGUUCACUUUUGCUGGACUCUGAUGUUCUUCUAAAUAUUUGCUUGAAAAGAACUGGAUCAUGUGCAAAUUUGUUGGAGAUGGACUCCGACUUUCACUUGAGAUUAGACUGUUUUUCAAUCCACUAUGAGUCAUUUGAUCCUGGAGCAGAGUGGAAAAAACAUUUUAUUUCUAUGCCAGUGAUGAUUUUGAUGUACCACCCUCAGUAUUACUUAAUAGUCCCAUCAUGUAAAACCAUAUUUCAGUAUUCUGAUAUAAGCCACUCAGAGCAGUUUAUACCAAAGCUUAUACUUAAAUUUCUUCAUGCCUGUGCCUUGACACUCAGUCUCAUUUUAGUCUGCAAUCUGGCCCUUUGUCGUUUUAAACCACAGAAUGCACCUUAUGCAUAUUGCUGGAACUGAUAAAUACUUUCAUAAGUGCUCAAUCUGGUCUUUAUUUUCCUAAGAGAUUUGUCUUUUUGCAAUUUAAAAAAAUUACUCCAAAUAACGGUUCUGGUUAUUUUUCUGUCUGACUACUUGUUCCGGCUCCAGUAUUGUUUCUCCUGCUCUCCUCCCUGACAUUGGGGCCAUACUUCGCCUCACAACUUGACAAAUACUCUGCAUGGUCUGCCUGCCUCAGAGUCAACUUCAAACUAAACUAAACCAUUUUCAAAAAGAAAAAAAGUUUUCAAAGUUUCAGCUGUUACAUGUGGCACAUUUCAUGAGCUACUGUGAUUUGAUUUGUCUGUCAAUAUUUUCAAUGCUUUGGGCAAGGGCCUUAACUGUUGGUGCUCAUAACCAAACAGGAUACAAGGUUCUUGCUGUUUCUUUAUUCAUAAUCGAGUACAUACUAUUGAGCUUGAAGCUUUUUACUUGCCCUCACAACAACCAAUUUAAAUGCUGCAAAAACGUGUUAUUGUUAGUUUGAUUUUUAAAUUAAUCUAAACACGGGGUUACGUUGAUGUGAACAUUGAUGUGUACAUAAUGUCCUGAGUGCCAUUUAACCCACACUGUUACCAUGCAGUUUGCAGAUGUUUCAUGUGGCAUCGGUGGUGUAACCUUCUCAAACUGUAGAUGGCACAUCCACUGUCCAUCACUUUGUUUUCAGCACCGACAACUACGUUAAAGUUGCUAACCCUUAGUAUUCUGCUGCCUGUUUACAAUGAAAACUCUAGUGCUGCCUUUUCAGUUACAUUAUGCUUUUAUUUUGUGACUAAUUCCAAAGACUCAUUUGCACUACUGCCCAAACUACUGUGUGAUAGUGUUUUACUGUACUUCAAACAUGCACUGUUUGAAAAGUGUAUGAUGAAUGACUUUUUAGGAAGCAUACUUAUAUGUAGUGAGUUGGGCAAAGUACAACCUUGAAUGUAAACUCGACCACUAAGAUCAGUGUCAACAUGAAUAAAUUACCUGUCAAACAGAGUCUGCCUG